CGAUAAGCCAACUCCGUUGAGCUAUCACUUGUGGCCAGGUCGCUUCUUAAAAACAACUUAAGCUCAGUCGGCCUUACCUGGUAAAAUAAAUUAAAAAUUUAUAGUUUUAAAAGUACAGUCAGGGUCCUUGAUUAGUGAAAUGAUUUGGGAGUGGGAGGAGAGAGAAUAGGUAUUGUGGAAGACAGGAUGAUGAGAGAGGAGUUGGUGUGGAUAUGACGAGGACUUGAAGAUUUGGGAGGAGGGUUAACGGAGACUUGAGGAAUAGAGGGGGCAGUAGGUGAGGACUUUGAGAACUGAAGGACAGGAGUUCAGACGACUGAAGGACUUUGGAAGAACAGGACCGAGGAGAGGACUCGGGGCAGCCAGGAAUGAGGAAGAGAGGAGCGGGGAGGAGGAGAGAGCGGGGUUGACAAACUGGUGGUGGAGACCACGGUGUGGGGGGGGGAGGUGAGAGAGCACUUGCUGGGCUCGAGCUGAUAGGAAAGGAGAGGAGUGGGGAACAGUCGGAGGAAGAAGGGUGACAGGAGGAGAGGUGGUCGCGCGUGGUGGUGGUGGUGGAGGAGGAGGGGACAAUCGGACUCCCCUCGGACUCAUUCGGCGGUGCCAUGCGACUACUUCUCUGUUCGAGGUUCCUCUUAUCCCCGCUGGGCCGCAGAGCCCUGAGCGUCUCUCCCUGUCCCCACACUUCACCACCACCAUCACCACCACCACCGUCACCACCCGGUUUGGCUGCGUCUAUCGGAGAGGCGACGUCGGCGGCCGCGAGAUCAUCGGGCCGCGUGGACGCCGAGGGCGGUCGGUCGGGCUGCGACGGCCCGGCGAGGCGUCACUUCCCCGGCGGGCCGGGCAGGCGAGGCGCGGGCUCCGCGGAGCCGCCCCGCGUGUCUCGGGCUCUGGUGCUCGAGAAGACGACCCGCUACGAGUUCGAGCAGCAGCGAUACAAAUGCGCCGCCCUGUCCGAGGAGGACCUCAGGCAGCUGCUGGCAUUGCGGGGCUCCAACUACGGCGGCCUUCUGGAGCGCUACCACGUCCACCGAAAGCACGUCCUUCACCUCAUCAGCAGCUUGCAGGAGAGCGGCGUGGAGGUGCGGGUGGUGAAGAGGCACGACUACUGCGAGCAUGACGUCAGUUGGGCUGACACCAUCAUCUCUGCGGGAGGCGACGGCACGCUGCUCUUGGCGGCCAGCAAGGUCCAUGACCCCCGGAAACUAGUCAUUGGUGUCAACACCGACCCGGAGAGGUCUCAGGGCCACCUGUGCCUGCCCGUCUGCUACACCACCAACAUGCCCCUCGCGCUGCAGAAGCUACAGAAAGGUGAUUUCAGGUACCUUUGGCGCCAGCGCAUCCGCGUCGAGACGGACGGCUCGGGGCUUGGACUCGUGCCCGUGGACCUCCACGAGCAGCAGCUGAGCCUGGCGCAACACCGUUCAGCGCACCUAGCCGCCGCUGCCAAACACGCAGGGUCGACACUGGGGUUGGUGAGCGGGCCCAAGCGACUUCCUGUGUGCGCGUUGAACGAAGUCUACAUUGGCGAGUCCAUCUCCUCCAGGGCCUCCUACUACGAGCUAAGCGUGGACGGGGGCCCCUGGGAGAAGCAGAAGAGCUCCGGGAUCAGCGUGUGCACUGGCAGCGGCUCCAGCGCCUGGUCGUACAACAUCAAUAAGAUUGGCUGUCAAACGGUGCAGGAUGUUCUAACAAUAGCUGCCGAUAUCAGUGGACAGUCCAUGCCCAACGACGCGGAUUUCUGCAGGACAGUGAUGGAGCGGUAUUGUUCCUCGCUGGUGUUUGACCCUGAAGAGCCGCAGAUGUUCUUCAGCAUCCGGGAACCGAUCGUCAACCGCGUUUUCUCCAACUCGCGCCCGCACGGCCACGCCACCAGGAUGACGAUUCGCUCGCGGUGCUGGGACGCCUGCCUGGUGCUCGAUGGCGGAACCUCCUUCGAGUUCAACGACGGAGCGAUGGCCACGCUUUCCACGCACCCGGACGAUGCACUCAAGUCCCUGCACCUGGACCCCUGACCACGAGAGCCCCCUCCGACCCCGCCCCCUUACCUACCCCACUCCCCCCCCCCACCCCACUCUCCCUCCUCCCCCACCCUUACCGCUCGGCCGCCACUGGCUGCUCGACGCCCCCGUUACGCACGGAGGGAGGACCCGGAGGACGAUUUGAGACGCGUUCACCGCCAUCGCGUCCGCGGUGUCAGGAAGCGCUCCUGCAGUGUAUCGGAAGAUUCGGAAUAUUUAUUUAAUACUGCGGGAAUCCGAUGGGCUAUGAAAGCUCUCUUUCACACGGAUGUCCAGUGCGCGACAGGCCGGGCUGUGAUCAGGUUAUUCAAGUAAUCGGUGGCUCUCUCGGUCACCGGGCUCGGUUUACUCGACCGAUCGGAUCCACGCGAAAACAGCCGGAGAACAAGAGUCUCACCACUGCGCCCACCCCCCCCCCCCAGCGCGUGCGAUGACGAACGUGUCUUGGUCACGAUGUCCGCAUCAUCAUCGGCCACAUCGCGCACUGGGCCUGGCUCCUAGGGGGGUUUCCCGCCUUCACAAGGCAGAAUGUGGGGAGGACGGACGCGAAUUUUAAAGGUGGCCAGGGGGGGGGGGCCCGAGUUAUCGACCACAAAAGGAAAGCAGUCGAUUUACAAUUCCGAGGCGAUUAAUCAACGAAUCGUCCCGGCGGCUCUCGUCCUGUUUGACCGCGGGGUCCCUGAAGCCUCUGUAGCGUGCCAGCUAGUGAUGUCAGCAGCCCACUCAGAGGGUACAGGUCCCGAGUUUUGCUAAACCAUACUUCCUGAAAUUACGACGCACUUCCCCCCCCCACCCCCCAGCGUUUUAAGAAACGGUUGGGGGGGGGGGGUGCCUCUUACAAUCCGGUAGGUGUGUGUGUGUGUACGAGCGCGUGUGCG